AUGAGAUUUUGCUUUCAGAAAGUGCCUUACGUCUGCUCGAUACCUAAUGGAUUAACGCCUGGCAGCGUUGUGCUGAUUAAGGGCUUAGUGGUGGACAGCAGUAAGCAAAGUCGUUUCUGUGUCAAUCUGUCGUGUGGUCUCUUGGUGGAUGGCGACAAGCUGGACAACAUCGCACUUCACGUCAAUCCUCGGUUCUGCAUCGAAGACAGGAUUGUCCUAAAUAGUCUAGUCAACAACCAGUGGGGUGCCGAAUACGUAUUUCCAAAUUGUCUGAAGAAGGGUCAUCCAUUCGAGAUUCGCAUUUUAGUCCUGACCGAUAUGUACAAAAUCGUACCUUUUAAACAGCCCCUGACAGUCAUAGACGGUCUUCAAGUGUUCAUCACGGCAACGCCAACCAGCGACCCAAAAUAUUUUUUCGUCAAUUUUUUGUCGUCGCUGACCGUCGUCUUUCACUCAAGCAUCCGCUUCAACGAAAAGGCGGUGGUUCGAAACACGUUCUCUAACGGAAAGUGGGAAAAGGAAGAGCGAGAUUUGCGCAUUUUCCCGUUUCUGCCUAACGGUACCUUCGACAUGGUCAUUCUUUGUCAAAAAGACGGCUAUAAGGUGCGUAUCGUAUCGAAAAGCGAUCGCCUGUCCGCAUGUGUUGUGUUCAACAUGGGUAAUGUUGAAUGA